AUGCCUUCUCCUUUGAGCAAAAAGAUGACCGAGUGCCGCGGGGUCCUGGAGAGUAUCCAGAGGUUCUCCCUGCUGCCCACCUACCUGCCCGUGACCUACCACAUCAAGAACACCGACGUGUCCUUCUUCCUGAAGGAGGCCAACCAGGACAUCAUGAGAAACUCCAGCCUGCAGUCCCGCGUGGAAUCCUUCCUGAUUUACAAAUCCAAGCGGCUGCCCGUCCUGAACGCCAGCUACGGGCCCUUCUCCAUCGAGCAGGUGGUGCCCCAGGACUUAAUGCUGCCCUCCAGCCCCUUCGGCUUCACCAGCAAGUUUUCCCUCAACUGGAAGCUGAGGGCGCACAUCGUGCGGGACAAGGUGUACCUGAGCCGCCCCAAGGUGCAGGUGCUUUUCCAUCUGCUGGGCCGGGACUGGGCGGCGCGGAGCCCGGGCGAGAGACUGCCCUGCCUGCGGGUGUUCGCCUUCCGGGAGACCCGGGAGGUGCGGGCCGGCUGCCGUCUGCAGGGGGCCCUGGGGCUGUGCGUGGCCGAGCUGGAGCUGCUGGCCGGCUGGUUCGGGCCCCCCACUGUGCUGGCCGGGAGGAAGAAGGCGCCGGGGCCGCCCGAGGGGAGCCCCGUGGAGCUCUACUAUGCCGUGCAGCCGGGGGACGGGCGCGGGGACUGUGCCGGCGGCGGGGACGCCAGGAAGGGCAACUCCAUCCGGCCGGGGAGGGACGGGCCGGAGGAGGCCGUGCCCCGCCUGCAGAGGAUCGGGAGCGUCUUCCUCUACCAGACGGGCAGCAGGCCCGCCCUGAGGGAGCUGCGUCUGGACAGCAAUGUGGCCAUCCGGUACUCGGCCCGCACGGCGAGGCAGGGCGAAGUGCUCACCUUCCCUGUGGCCGUGUCCCGAAACUGCAGCGCCGAUCGCUUCACGCUGAGGGCCAAGGUGAAGAAAGGCGUGAGCGUCGUGGGGGUGAGAGCCAGCAGCCCUUCCGUUUGGGAGGUCACGGAGGGCACGGAGCACACUGGCAAGUACGCACCGGCUGUCAUCCUCUGCCAGAAGAAAUCCGCGGGCUCGGAAACCGGUGCGGAUGACGCCUCCGAUGAAGUCAUGCAGGUUGACGUACGGAUAGAGGAGCCCAGUGACCUGCCGGCCACACAGCUUGUCACGUGGCAGGUCGAGUAUCCAGGAGACAUCACGUCUGACUUGGGCGUAUCCAAGAUCUACGUGAGUCCGAAGGACUUGAUGGGCGUCAUACCGCUGGCCAUGGAGGCGGAGAUCCUGAACACGGCCAUCCUCACGGGGAAGACGGUGGCCGUCCCGGUGAAGGUGGUCUCGGUGGAGGAAGACGGCACGGUGACGGAUGUGCUCACGUCUGUGGAGUGCAGGUCGUCCGACGAGGAUGUCAUCAAGGUGUCGGACCGCUGUGACUACGUCUUUGUCAACGGGAAAGAAAUGAAGGGCAAGGUGAACGUGGUGGUGAACUUCACCUACCAGCACCUGAGCAGCCCUCUGGAGAUGACGGUGUGGGUGCCCCGGCUCCCGCUGCACAUCGAGGUCUCGGACACCGAGCUCAACCAGAUCAAGGGCUGGAGGGUGCCCAUCGUCUCCAACAAACGGCCGGCCCGGGACAGCGAGGAAGAGGAGGAGGACGAGAGGAGAGGGGGCCGUGGGUGCACUCUCCAAUACCAGCACGCCAUGGUGCGGGUCUUGACGCAGUUUGUGGCCGAGGCGGCGGACCGCGGGGGGCACCUGGUCCACCUGCUGGGCUCAGACUGGCAGGUGGACAUCACGGAGCUGGUGAAUGACUUCACGCAGGUGGAAGAACCCCGCAUCGCCAGGCUGCAAGGGGGCCAAGUCCUGAUUGGCCAGGAGCUCGGCAUGACCACCAUUCAGAUCCUGUCACCUCUGUCGGACGCCAUCUUGGCAGAAAAGACCAUCUCCGUGCUGGAUGAGAAGGUGACCAUCACAGACCUCGGGGUCCAGCUGGUGACCGGGCUGUCACUCUCCCUGCAGCUCAGCCCAGGGAGCAACAGAGCCGUCUUUGCCACUGCGGUGGCUCAGGACCUGCUUCAGAGGCCCAGACAGGAGGCAGCCAUCAGUUGCUGGGUCCAGUUCAGCGAUGGCUCCAUCACCCCCUUGGAUAUCUACGAUGGGAAGGACUUCUCCUUGAUGACCACGUCCCUGGACGAGAAAGUGGUCUCCAUCCACCAAGACCCCAAAGUCAAGUGGCCGAUCAUCACCGCUGAAACUGAGGGACAGGGUCCUCUGAUCAAGGUGGAAAUGGUUAUUAGCGAAUCGUGCCAGAAGUCCAAGCGGAAGAGUGUGCUGGCUGUGGGAACGGCCAACGUCAGAGUUAAAUUUGGCCAAAGUGAUGCUAACCCCAACACCAGUGACAGCAGACACACGGGGGCAGGAGUUCACCUAGAAAAUAAUGUCAGUGACAGAAGACCCAAAAAACCCUUGCAAGAGUGGGGGGGUCAGGGGGGACCGUACUACGGGAGUUCCUCCAUGGGCCUCAUGGAAGGAAGGGGGUCCACGACAGAGAGGUCAACCUUCCAGAGAAAGAAGAACCAAGAAAGCCUCCUAGACGAUGGCCGCCAUCUGCAGACCGUCGCCAUUGACUUCACCAGCUUCCCGACCCAGGGGGGCCCGCCCAGCAGCAAUGGGGAGGUGGACGAGAACGGCCUCACACAGGCAUCCAAAGGGCUGAGCGACUUGGAGAUCGGCAUGUAUGCCCUGUUGGGUGUCUUCUGCCUGGCCAUUUUGGUCUUCCUGAUAAAUUGUGUGGCCUUUGCGUUGAAGUACAGGCACAAACAGGUUCCCUUCAAAGAGCAAGAAGGCAUGAGUCACUCCCAUGACUGGGUUGGGUUGAGCCACCGGUCAGAACUGCUGGAGAACCACAUUAACUUCGCCUCCUCCCAAGAUGAGCAGAUCACCGCCAUUGACAGGGACAUGUAUUUCGAGGAGAGUAAGUAUCUCCUGAGCACAAACUCCCAGAAAAGCAUCAACGGGCAGCUGUUCAAGUGUUCGGGACCCACCAUUGCUGAUGGGAAGGAUCAGAAGAGUGAGCCCCCAACGUCCCCGACCUCAAAAAGGAAAAGGGUAAAAUUUACCACCUUCACCACCAUCCCCUCGGAUGAAGGAUGCCCUGCCGUGAACUCCGUCCCGACCAGUGGUGAGGACACGGACUGGGUCUGCCGGGAACUGGACCCUGGGGAAAGCAGACCGCCACACCGCUACGCGGGAAGGUUACGUGAGGACGUGUAA